CAGCCACUCUCGGUACCGAAACAACUGUUCCACCAACUUGACAUCCAACCUCCGCAAGCGUCAUGGCCGGAAAAGAGAGAGCAGGCUAUACUGUGACGAUGUUCGUCAUCGAUGUUUCUCCGUCGAUGGGAGAGGAGCGCAAAGUUGAGGUCGCACCUGGGCCUAAUGGAGAGCCAAUAUUUAAAAAGACGACAAAACUGGAGUGGUCGUUGAAAUAUGUGAAGCAUAAAAUUCAGCAAAUGAUAUUCGCUGGGCGAAAAUCGGAUAAGUGCGGAGUUAUUCUUUUUGGGACAGAGGGGACAAAUAACGUUGUCAGCGACGUGCAUGGGGGCUACGAUCACGUCACAGAAUUCCUCCCUAUACAUCAGCCUAAUGCCCGCACACUAUACAAGCUUGAUACGAUUAAACCCUCAAGCACUGUCGGUGACCCGCUCGAUGGAAUUAUCGUAGCACUUUCAACCCAACAAGAUGAACUGGCGAAGAAGCCGAGUUGGAACAGAAGAGCUAUUGUUAUAACCGAUGGAGAGUGUCCCAUGGAGGUUGACAAUGAUGAUAUGAGUGGAGUGACUGACAAGGUCAAUCAAUGGAACGUGGAUCUGACGGUAGUAGGUGUGGAUUUCGAUGACGAGAAUUAUCCAUACGAUGGCCCAGAAAAAUCAAACAUCAAGAUGGCCAACGAAAAGUUUUGGCAGAAGUUCAUCUCACUCACACAAUCCGGUUCGAUGGGGACUCUUGCAUACGCAUUACAAGUGACGCAAUCGCCAGAGAUCAAAAUUACUCGCUCCACUCUCAGCAAGACCACUUUAUCUAUAGGCGACAUUCACAUCAGGCCUGAUGAAUCUAUUGAAAUCCUUGUCAAGACAGGGAAGGCGACAUCUGGAGUCACUCCGCCUAGUCUGAAGAAGUUUACCAUGCGGACGGAUAGCGAAAGCUUGAAGGAGAGCCAAAAUCAGCAACAGCAGCUCAACCCUGUCAUGCCUUCACUCGAGGAUGUCGCUCCCCUGGAGAUGAGCACUCAAUAUGUCGUGAAAGAGGAUAAUGACGUCGAUGACGUCAAGGCUGGGAGACCUGCACGAAGUUUCGAGGACGAUGAGGAGGGAGGUGACGAUGAGAUUCAAGAUCCUUUCGAAAAUGCACAGAGACUGGAGAAAGAGGACCUUAUCCGUGCCUACAAGUAUGGUUCCACUUGGGUUCCAAUCGAGGAUGAAUCCGCAGAUAAGGUAGCGACAGUCAAAGGUCUCCAGGUUGUCGGGUUCAGCUACGAAGAUUUAUGGAUAAGAGAAUGGUCCAUGGGUGAAGUUUACUACAUCUUCGCCGAUGACAAGGUCCCUCGUUCUCAAGUAGCCUUCGCCUCAUUCGUUCGUGCUAUGAAGGAUUAUGGAGUGCCGGAUAAAAAGACUGGAGAAAACAUACUUCGUCCUGUUCUUGCGAUCAUCAGAAAGGUGACUAGUGACGGGAGUCCCCCCAAAGUUGGUGUCGCUUGCGCGAGAUCCCUGGAAGAUGUCGAUUACCUCGUAUGGGUCAGAAUGCCGUUUGCGGAUGAUAUUCGGAGAUAUAGCUUUCCAUCUCUUGAAAUCCUAAAGGACAAGAAUGGAAAUAAAAAGACAAGCCAUCCAAAUUUACCUACAGACGAAAUGAUGGACGCCAUGAGUGAGCUAGUCGAUUCUGGUGAUCUCAGUGCUGCAGGUGAGAAGGAUGAAUCUGGGAAUCGCCUUCCUUGGUUUGACCCGUCGGAAGCUGUCCACCCGGCUGUACAUCGUAUCAAGGAAGCUAUCUUUCAUGCGGCUAUCACAAGUAAUAUUGAAGAAGAUCCUAUACCGCCACCGCAUCCUGAGAUUAUCAAGUUCUUGGACCCGCCCAGUCCUAUACUAGUCAAGUCCAGAGGACCUGUGCAGCGGUGCAAAUCUUUAUUCAAUAUCCAAGAAGCUCCGCCGCGGCCGAAAAUGCGGAGGAAGACCAAAGGAGCGGAAGAUGGCCUCUCGGCCGACGCGGAUGUUCCGCUUACGCUGGCAGACCUCAUGAAUGGCGACGCUUAUAUUCCAGAGUUCUCACCCUCACCCACCUUGGUCGAUGCCUCCGAAGACUCCGGAGGCACCACGGUGGCCGCGUCGCCACUACAAUCGUUGAAAGCCAAAGCAACGGAGAAACAUGGCGAAGACGCGAUGGACGUGGAUUUACCUUCCAAUAAAGAAGCGUUCAUAACUGGGAAAGCGGCAAAGCUGGACCGAAUAAUAGGCAAUGCCUACCCACUUCGUGAUUUCAGGGAAAAUACUGCAAGAGGAGAUCUGGUCACAAAAGCUGUUAGUGACAUGGGGGAAGUUAUACCCGAGAUCGUUGAGAGUUCGUUCAGCUCCCAGCGCUUCGAAGAGGCAUUGGAGUGUAUGAGAGCCAUGAGGGACAUGGCAUUGAAAGAAGAUGAGGUUGAUACAUGGAAUGGUUUUAUUAGAACAUUUAAGAAGCAAUGUCGAAGUUCUAAUUUCAAGCAUCCAAAUUUCUGGGACUCCGUGAAGAAGGAAGGCGUCGCACUCUCACUUAUCCACGAAAAGGAAGCCCAGCAGAAUGGAAAUGUCUCAGAGGUAUCCUUAAAUGCAUCAAAAAAGUUCAUCGAAGAAUAGAAUGAUAUCGUAAGGAAAAGUAUGGCUGGGUUAGAUGGCUGUUUCUUUGGCCUCUUAAUCGGGAGUUUGGGAAACUUGGUUUGGACGGUUCUCUACGAUUUUAUCAAUGAUUCCAAAAUCGAGAGCUUCUUCCGCAGUCAUAAAGUAGUCUCUCUCCAGUGCUAUUUCAAAGCGCUUUGAUGCCGCUUCUGCCGUCUCAUCGCUUACUGCAUCUGUUGCCACGCCUCUGCGACAAUGACGAACGUAGAUGUCGGUAAGACGACUUCUCCAGCGGAGGAUUUCUUUAGCAUGAAUUGCUAUAUCCG